AUGACACCCACGGAGGAGGUGGUGCUGGCACUGCUGUUCAUUUCCGCAGUCGCUGCACAACCUGGGCCACGAAUUGUUGGUGGAACUACUUGCAUCAAAAACUCCCAGCCUUGGCACGUAGCCCUUUAUGACAGCAACCGGUUCUAUUGUAGCGGGACGCUGCUGAACAGACAGUGGGUGCUGACAGCUGCACAUUGCAAAAUGCCGGGCACCACCUACAUACGCCUGGGAGUAACCGACAUGGCCGCCUCAGAAAGUAACGAACAGCAGAGAAGGGCAAUGACGUUCGUAGCCCACCCAAACUAUGACCCUGUCAGCAAGGACAAUGACAUCAUGAUGAUCAAGCUGUCCUCUUUGGUGGACAUCAAUGACAGAGUCCAGCCGAUCAACGUGGCCAAUGAAUGUGCUGCUCCAGGAACGCGGUGUCUUGUGACAGGCUGGGGCACAGUCACCAGCCCUAAACCAACCAUCCCUGAAAAACUGCAGUGUGCUUACCUGAACAUUGUCUCUCAGGGAGAGUGCGAGAGAGUCUAUCCUGAUGCCAUCACAAACAACAUGCUGUGUGCAGGUGAGAGGGAAGGAAACGUCGACUCCUGUCAGGGUGACUCUGGGGCUCCCCUCCUCUGUGACGAAAAGAUUCAGGGCAUCGUGUCUUGGGGUCCGGAAGUGUGUGGCCAGCCCGGGAAACCCGGUAUCUACACCAAGGUCUGCAACUAUGUGGGAUGGAUUCAGCAGACCAUGAGGCGCAUGUGA